AUGGAAUCGCAUGCGAUUCUUAAACGAGAAGGGUUCGAUGUCAGCUCUUAUGGUACCGGCAGUAACGUCAAGCUCCCCGGACCAAGUAUACGAGAACCCAAUGUCUACAAAUUUGGCACGCCGUACAAAUACAUGUUUGAGGAGCUUCAAGGCAAAGACCCUGAGCUGUAUAAAAGGAAUGGCAUAUUAAGAAUGCUGAAACGGAAUCUUGCGGUCAAGGAAGCUCCCCAAAAGUGGCAGGACAAUGCUGCUGACGGACCCUUCGAUGUCGUGAUUACAUUCGAGGAGCGAGUUUUUGACAUGGUCAUUGAAGACGUGUUUGCUCGGGAGCGUACCCUACAUCAAGCAGCAUUGGUCAUCAACCUUGAAGUUAGAGAUACGCACGAAGAAGCAGCAUCUGGCGCAGAAGCGGCUCUACGACUUUGUAGGAUGUUGGAAGACCUCACAAGUUGGGAGGAUGAAGUUGAGUUUGCGGUUCCCGCCACGCGGAAGACUCCGCCGAUCGGCCCGGAUUAUCAGGCGGAUAUUCCGGAACCGCUUUCCUCUCCACACCGUCUGAUGCCCGCUGAAGAAAGCAUCUGGAAGAUCGCUCCGGAAGAUGGCGGAUGCGGCGAGGUCGGGGUUUGCUGCGAAGAAGGCACGGGUGAUGCUGAGCUGGCAUGGGAAGCGAAGUGGCUCGGCACGCAGGUUUGGCCGGACCUAGCCCGGUCCAGGAGGGUCGGGAGAGGCGCAGGCAAGGGGAACCCGUACCUGAGGCUCGGAGGGACGUUGGCUGCUUCGGCGGGAGGCAAGGUGAACUGGCACGUGCCUCGGGGUAUGCUUGGCGCGGCGGAUCAUGAUGGUGACAAUAAAGGCGGUGGCACUAACGAAGAUGCUGGUAUUAUCGAUGGCGAGUUAGUGUUGGAGGGAGGAGAGAGAGGUGAUAGCGUUGCUGCUGCUGCUGUUGCUGAUAUUAGCGUGAAUGAUUCUCACGGUAAUAUCGAUGGCGGCUCCGCUUCUGCUCCAGGCGAUUGCGACGUGGCUUCUAAAGUCGCGACAGAUAGUGUCGCAGCGAGCAAUCUCACGUUUCGUGACUCGACGUCGCCAGGAGCUGGAGCCUCGUCGCACGCCACCCAAGGAGUCGCAGGGGUUGUCGCACAGAACUGUAGCGAAAUCGCCGGUUCCGUCGCAUCAUCCGUGGCGACUCAGGAGGCCGAAGCCGUCGCUCAACCUGCUGCUGCGCGCCAGCCUUCCCGCGCGAUCCACAACCUCCCCCCCCGCGACCUGCUGCGCGUUCCGCCGGGCGCUUGCGCGGCGUGCGGGGCGGACAAGGCGGGGUCCGCGGACUGCGUGCGCGCGCACUGCCACGAGGCGGACGAAGACCUAGAGGCGGAGCUGGGGCCCGCCGCGUAUCACGCGCUGGGGCUGGCGGACAUGGGGGAGAAGGUGGCGGAGGGGUGGAGCCCCGAGGAAAUAGAGCUUUUCCUGACUAUUGUCGAACUUUACCCGCAGAGCAAGGGUCUAGACUUCUGGGGACCCCUAAAACGGGCGUUUGCGUCGGCUGGAGGGGCGGAGGCGGAGGCUGCGGGGGAGGCUGCGGGGGAGGGCGCCGGGGAGGGCGCGGGGAAAGGUGGGGGGAUUCUAGCGGGGAUGGGGAUGUGCGCGGAGGGGCGGCGGAGGAGGCGCGUGCGGAGUGUAAAGGAGCUGGGGAGGAAGAGGCGGCAUGUGCUCAUCACCAUGAAUGGUUCCGUACUGGCUCGUCCCGUUGCUGCUGCUGCUGGGGGGGCAGGGUGGGAGGACGGGGCAGUGGACCGGGCAGGAGACGGGGAAACUACAGUGGUGAGCGGCGAGACGGUUGUGGGAGUGGAGCGAGCAGUAGGAGGGGAGCAGGCGGAUAUGCAGCUACAGGGGAGGUCUAGAGGAGAAGAGGCGGGCACACAGCAGAUGAACCGGGACUUGAAGGCGAUUGAUGGUUCAAGUGGACAUGAUGGGAAUCGGUUUUCGGGUCAGCCCUCCCUUCACUCCUCUGGUCGGCCCUCGGGUCAGUUCAAAGCUCCAGCCGAUCGUCCGCACAGGGUGAAGGUGAAGCGUGUGCAUGGGAACACGGUCACGUCAGCAGCACAUGUUGACACGUCAGUAGCGCAAUUCCACUCGAUACCUGCAGAAGGUUCCAGGAAACGCGCUAGAGAGGAAGUGGAUCUUCCAGCAGCAUCAGCAGCAGCAACAGAAAACGCAGCGGAUCAGUACACGUUUGACAAUACUGCUAAUCUUUCAGGCUGCUCCCCCGCAAACUCUCCUGCUCUUCCAUCCACUGCUGCACACACAGAUCCGUCCACACUCACAUACGCCUCCGCACCUUCUCAGAAGCAGCACGUGUAUGCUUCGAGCUCCCCUGGCGGUCUCAUGCACUCAGGUGCUUCUGCAGCUGCUGACUCGUGGAUCAUCAGCCACAGCCCCAGUCCCAGCCCUGCACACAAGCCCACAUCACCAGCAGGAGGAGGAGGAGGAGGAGGAGGAGGAGGAGGAGGAGGAGGAGGAGGAGGAGGAGGAGGAGGAGGAGGAGGAGGAGGAGGAGGAGGAGGAGGAGGAGGAGGAGUGAGUGGCGGGAGCAGCCUUUGCAACAGCUUCGGUGGGUGCAGCAGCAGCAGCGGUGGGUUCGGUGGUGCCUCAUUUGGUUCGGUCGCUCCGGGCCUGUUCGGGGCAGGUUCGGAGCUGUACGGGCCUCCGUUGAGCCCGUUCCCGCACCUGUCCUCCUUCCCGUCGCCCUCUCUGCCCUCCUCCUUCCCCUCUCCGUCCCUCACUCUCCCCUCCCCUUCCUACACCAUGUCUCCAACCCCGUACACGCUAGCAGCAGCGCCGUAUAGCUCACCUGCUCACCAUAUAGCUGCUACACCCAAUGUGUUGUCUCCAGCCGCUGAUAUACCAGUGCCCGAUACAAACGCACAUGUUACCGCUUCGGAUGUUACCGCUUCAAAUGUUACAGCUCCGAGUGUUACAGCUCUGGGUUACUGUGUGGGGCAGGGAAUUUCGAGGGAAGAAGUUGCAGUUGGGAAUGCUGGUCGCGAUGAGGGGGCUGCUGGUGCCGGAGAGAGGCUAGGGAGCGAGAGUAGCAGGCAGGUGGACGAGUGGAUGGAUGUAGAGAUGGGUACAGAUGCAGAGGCAGGGCGAGAAGCGCCAACAGCAGGCGCUGCUGACGUGGCUGCUGCCAGUGUGGCAAACGUCUAUGCUUGUGAUGCGAGCAGAGGGGUGGAUAACCUCGGGAUUGUACCUGCUGCUGCAUCCCUAGGUGCAGGUGCAGGUGUAAAUGUUCCUCCCAGCAGUGCUCGCAGCCCUGUAGGGCUCGAGUCGCCGGAUUUGGCCUUGGCUAGCAUGGGAAGCUAA